AUGCAGGGGAGUGCUGAAGAGCUUUUCGAAGGAGAAUCAUACAUGGACUAUUCCUCUUUCGAAGAGUCUAGUCAGAGUGAAGAUGUAGAAAUCGACCUUCUCCAUUACGGUGUUGUUCAAGCUGCCUUUGCGGCAGAUGAUUGUAAAAUUUUGGCAGGUUUUUAUGUUGAUCUUGCCAGGCAACUAAAUGAGCAAGAUGAGAUAUCGCUUGAGCAACUAUUGGGUGCCAUAAGUAGCUCGUCAAACAGCAUUAGCAGAAAUUAUUGCGCGGAAACUUAUAUUCCUUUGGCUGUUCGAAAUCAAAAGGAAAAAUCGUGCAUAGCUUUGAGAUCAGAAGCUUCAGGGAAUUGCUUGUACAGUUCCGUGUCUUUGUCUCUGCUUGGUGAUGAUAGAUUGGUUCCAACUUUAAGAAUCUUAACCUCACUUGAGCUUUUCCUGAAUGCUCAUUUUUACUGUGAGCAUCCCUGCUUUUUGUCCGCCAUUGAAGAGCAUCCUGAUUUUUUUAAGGGAAGUAUAAAAAAUCUUUUACCUUUAUCUGUCUCUGUUGAGUCCUUAGAUACCAGUGCUAGUAAGGAAUAUUUAGUGAAGAAAGAGGCUGUUUUUAAUUGCAAUGAUGGUAAAUGGUCAUCAUUUCUUUGUAUUUUGGGUCUGUCUUCAGUUUUGAAAAGAUGUAUUGUUACAUAUUAUCCGGAUUGUGGACAACACAGGCUCAAACUUUUAUUUAAUCGUGUUAUUCAACCCCGCUUGCAUACUACUAGGGUUGAAAAAGAAAUUCAUAUUCUAUUCUGCCAUGAAGGUGACAUAAGAACUGGAGAAUCAUUUCAGCCUAACCAUUUUGUCCCUCUUCUUUUUCAUGCAAGUGCACACAAGCGAAAGUCUGCUGACAUUACACAAGCCACAACGUCAGCAAAAAAACGUAAGGUGCCUUCCUUAUUUUCCAAGAAGGUGGCAAAAUUUCCUUCUGGUAAUAUUCCAAUUAUUUCUAACUCUUUUACUGCAUCAGAAAAACAGCCAUCCAAGUUAUUUGAAAAAAGCCCAAUGAAACUUUUUCUUCUGCCAAACAAGUUCCUUCUUAUAUCACGUUGAAACAACCAAUUAAGUCCUCCGCUAGUCAAUCUUGUCCAGAAAAGAAGUAUCAUUCUGUGCAUAAUUUUGAUGUUGCAACUUACCAGGAUAAAGUUAAAGGCUUAGAUACUUCUGGUGUUCUUCAAUUGAUUAAAAAUGUUUUCAGGCCUGAUGAGAAUUUUUCCUUUCCUAAGACCGGUGGUAGGAGCUUUAGAUAUGACUGGCUAAAAAAAUAUGACUGGCUAUGCUACUCCCCAUCAAAAGAUGGUGCAUUUUGUUUGUCAUGCG